AUGACUUCCCGUGUCACAGUUCAACAGGUUAUGGGCCGCACUUCGGCUUAUAUUAAUCUUACUUCCUCUGAAAAACUCACUCCUCUCAACUAUCAUGUCUGGGCUACCAAAAUUCUUUUGGGUCUUCGUGCUAUGAAUAAUGGUGUCCAUCUUUAUGUCGAAGCUGGUACUGUCAAUCCAGCUGCCAAUGAAUCCCUUGAAGACCUCACCGCCUCGCUUGAUACCGUCGUCCAUGAUGUCAUCCUCAACAAUAUUUCUCCUGAGUUGAUCGAACAUGUUAAUGAUGUGGCCAUUAGAGGCCGUGACCUCUGGCUUUACCUUCAUCAGGAGUAUAGUCAACUCCAACCCGCCGAUGUCAUCUCACUUAUGAAAUCCCUCUAUGCUGGCAAUAUUGAUGUUGGUCCAAAGUUUGUUUCUUCUGUUCGCUCUUAUGUUGCUACCUGGCGUUCCAUCUACCAAUCAUUGUCGCCUGAUUCGGUCGUGGCCUUCAACGCUUUGGCUUCAAUGGGUCCCAAUUCUACUCUUUCGACUGAAGCGUUCGUUGCUUCAUCAAAGAAGUACAAUAACAAAUCUAAGGGUGAUGGUAUCAAAUGUUUCCGUUGUAAGAGGCGUGGUCAUACUUCCAACAAUUGUCAUGUCUCUUGGGAAGAGGUUCAGGCUGCUCGCCAAGAUAAUAAGGAUGACAAGGAAUCUAAGGAGGCUAAAACCUCAAGAGGUUGGUUUGCUGAGACUAUUGAUGAAUUUUCUGAGAUAGUUGAUGAUGAUCCAUUUGUGAGUUCCGCUUUUGUGUCCGAGACAUCUGUUGUUUCUGAAAAGUUUGGUAACAGUUGUUCCGAGUCGUUUGAUGAUUUGGAAUCCGAACUUUUUGAUUCUUCUGAGCCGUGUGUCGGCGAUGAAGAUUGUUUUGUUAGUCAAGUUUCUGAGUAUUGUUCAAACUCAGGACUUGAUAUUGAUUCAGUUGGUAAACCGUUUGUUGGUUCCACUGAUGAUUCUUGUUUUAUUUCUGAACCGUAUGUCGGUUCUACUGUUGUUUGUUUGGAGUCUGAACCGUGUGUCAAUUCAGCUCCUAUUUGUUUUGAUUCUGAAUCGUUGGUCGAUUCGGAUAUUGUUCCUUUUGAUUCUGAACCGUUGGUCGGUUCUUCUUUUAUUUUUUGUUCUGAUUCUAAACCGUUGGUCGGUUCUGAUGAUGAUAUUGUCUUACCUUGUUUUGAUUUUUUGGUGGAUUCAAUUACUGAACCUUCUCCGCCUAUUGUUAAACCUAUUGUUACACCAAAAUCCCGUUUUUCUCCAUUCUUUUACUUAUCUUUUGUUACCAUCAUGUUGUUUUCCUUGAUUUUAAUUGUCGUCUGGCAUCCUUUUUCAAUCUUGGAUUUAAGUCAUUCAGUCCAUCACGUUUUUGUUGCUGAAUCUACUACUUCUGCUGAGGCCAACUUAGUUGUUGGGUCUGAUUCUUUUGACUUUAUCCAUGAUACCGGUGUUACCAGUCACAUUUGCAAUAACAUCUCAUAUUUUUCUUCUCUUCGUCCCACUUCGGCUACCAUUCGUGGUCUUGGUUCUGCUACUGCUGAGGGGGUUGGCGACAUUGUCGUUGAUCUUCUUGGUAAAGAUGACCAGCCUUGUGACCGCGUUGUUCUUCGAGAUGUUUUAUAUGUUCCUAAGAUUCCUCGCAAUUUAUUUGCUGCUCGUCGAGCUACUGCUGGUGGUUGUCGGUUCAUUCAAGACCUUAACCAUAUUUCUGCUGUCGAAAAUGGCGAAACUCGAGUCCACGCCAUUGCCAUGGGUGACUUGUACUUUUGUCGUUUCCGAGUUGUUUUGCCUUCCAAGCCAGUCCAUGAGGUGUUUGCUGUUGAGUCGUCUGCCAAUCUUUGGCACAAGCGACUUGGUCACGCCAGUGUGGACGUUCUCAAGAAAUUAUCUAAAGUCACUUUCUGUCAAGCCUACUCAUUUUGA